AAAGAUCAUUCUUUUUUUAAUGCUUUAAUUUGAAACAAAACAAACGUGCAAAAGCAUUGCAUUUUUUAAAAACCAGAAAUACCGACCUCUUUUUUCCCCCCCCUCCCCACCUCUGUUUCACAGAGCCUUGCGGGGUUCCUGGCGUAAAAGAGAUAUAAAAUGUCUUACAGCGUGACGCUGAACGGACCCGGGCCGUGGGGAUUCCGGUUGCAAGGAGGGAAGGACUUCAACAUGCCCCUGACCAUCUCCAGGAUCACACCUGGGAGCAAAGCAGCUCAGUCCCAGAUGAACCAGGGGGACAUGGUGGUUGCCAUUGACGGCAGCAGCACAGAUGGCAUGACCCACCUCGAGGCCCAGAACAAGAUCAAAUCCGCAAGCUACAACCUGGCGCUUACGCUGCAAAAAUCAAAGCGCCCGAUUCCAAUUCCAGCCACCGGCCCAAGAAUUGACUCUCCUAUGCCUGUGAUCCCUCAUCAAAAGGAUUCUGUCCCGGAAGUCAACGGCAACCGAACGAGCUUCAACCUGCUAAGCAACAAGUCAGCUGGGUCUAUGGCUAGUAUUUUAGCCAACAAUGCAGCAUUUUUAGGCUGCCGGAGCAAACAAGAGACCAGCUUAUCACAUAGUUCUUCCUUAUUAAAGACCACGACUGUUAGAACUUCCAGGUCCUCGCAGUCUGUGACUUCUGACCUCUCACCAGCCAAAAGUGACCUAAGUUCAAAAACCAGCUCGGUGAUCUCAGAUGGCAAUAGCCCUAAACACCAGCUGAGCCCAGCAGGGCAGUAUAACAACCCCAUUGGCCUGUACUCAGCAGAUACUCUCAGGGAAAUGGCAGAAAUGCAUAGAUUGAGUCUCGAGCGAAGGGCUUCAGAAGGUGGACUUCCCAAAGGUAGCCUCCCAGUUAAAGAUCCUCAUGUAGACAGUGCCUCUCCAGUAUAUCAGGCUGUACUUAAAACUCAGCACAAACCCGAAGACGAGCUUGAUGAUUGGAGCCGCCGUUCUUCCCACCUCCAGUCCAGGUCUUUCCGCAUCCUGGCUCAGAUGACAGGAACUGAGUACAUGCAAGAUCCAGACGAAGACGCCCUGAGGAGAGCAAGUACCCCUGUUGAGCAUGCACCAGUGUCUACCAGCUGUGCCCCUCCCGCUAUGUCGCCUGCUUCAGCCAAUCGGCCUGCCGCUGCCGCUCACAGCACCGCCCAUCCGACGAACCUCCCCGCGGCUGAUUCCAUCUCUUCCUCUUGCCACAGCGUCAGACGGAAUCCUUCCACUUCCAUCACCUACCAGUCCAAAAAGAGAGGCCUGGGCCAGUCAUACACCUCCGCACCAGCUUCCCACGGCCCAGCUCCCUACCCAGGCUACAGCGACGCCCCGGCUCCUGCCGCGAAACCCAGAGUGGUCACCACCGCCAGCAUAAGGCCCUCUGUCUAUCAACCAGCCUCUGCACCGGCUCCGGCUCCGGCUCCAGCUCCAGCCCCAAUUCAUUCAUACCCUCCAAGCGACAUGGAGCCUUCGAGCCGUCCUCCCUGGAUAACGGACGACUCAUUCUCCCAGAAGUUCGCUCCUGGGAAAUCGACAACCACCGUCACAAAGCAUAUCCUACCCCGGGGGGCUCCGGUGCCGCCACCCCCUGCCUCUGCUCCGUCUUACCCGCCUCCUUCGAUUCCAGCCUCCUCCCAGGCUCCUGCCGUAGCCCGGGGAACGAUCCAAAGGGCUGAGCGCUUCCCAGCCAGCAGCCGAACCCCACUCUGUGGACACUGUAACAGCGUCAUCAGGGGCCCUUUCCUGGUAGCCAUGGGGCGUUCCUGGCAUCCGGAGGAAUUCAACUGUGCCCACUGCAAGGCGUCUCUGGCCGAUGUUGGCUUUGUUGAGGAGCAGAACAGUGUUUAUUGUGAGCGUUGCUAUGAGCAGUUCUUUGCCCCGACCUGUGCCAGAUGCCAUACGAAGAUCAUGGGAGAAGUGAUGCAUGCCCUUAGGCAGACCUGGCACACCACUUGCUUCGUCUGCGCCGCCUGCAGGAAGCCCUUUGGGAAUAGCCUCUUCCACAUGGAGGACGGAGAGCCCUACUGCGAGAAAGACUAUGUUGCCUUGUUCAGCACCAAAUGCCAUGGAUGUGACUUCCCUGUUGAAGCAGGAGAUAAGUUCAUCGAAGCACUUGGACACACCUGGCAUGACACUUGCUUCAUUUGUGCUGUGUGCCAUGUGAAUUUGGAAGGCCAGCCAUUUUAUUCAAAGAAGGAUAAGCCGCUGUGCAAGAAGCAUGCGCACGCCAUCAAUGUCUAAAGGAAGAGCUGGAAGCUUGCGCAAAAGUGAAAAGAUUACGGGAUUGAUUAAAUAGAGAUUACUGUGGAUUUUUCUUUGUGGGGAAGAGGGCAGGGGAGACUCUGAAUAACAAAUCGCUCUGAAGCUGAA